UCAGAAACAAAAUUCACAACCCGGUUUGUCCGGGUCUUCCCGGUUCGUUAGAACCAGGAUUUUAGAGCGGGUCGUGGGUUUACCGGGUCCGGGUAAUAAACUAAUAUUUUGGCCCAACCUCAAAAAGGAAGUUUCACGGCGUUUGUUGUUCGCCUUCACUCGCUUCGCUUCUACGCCGCCUUCACUCGCUCUCCUCUUGAAUCAAUAACAUUUUCGGCAAUCUCUCUUCUCCAAAGGUCUUUCUGCCCAGUCUAAUUCUGGAAAAGGUUUAGUUUUUUCGGAAUGGAAACGACUCAAAGAGAUGAGCUUUCAAGCUUUCUAAAUGUUCUUCCACCUGUGGAUUUCUGUUGUGUCUAUGGUUCGACAUUGCACCCAAAUAACCAAGAUAAGUCUAAGAUGGUGGACUAUAUACUUGGAGUCUCUGAUCCUAUGAAAUGGCACUCUGAGAAUCUGAAAAUGAAUUCAGAUCAUUAUGCUUCAUGGAUGGUUCACCUUGGUGGAGCUAGGCUGAUUACAAACGUUGCUGAUAAAGUAGGAGUUGGAGUUCACUUCAAUCCAUUUGUCAAUUGGAACGACAGGAAACUCAAGUAUGGGGUUGUUCGGAUGCACGACCUAGUACAGGACAUACUGGACUGGAAUAGAUUCUACUUGAGUGGCCGUUUACAAAAACCGGUUCAUUUGCUUAUUGAUAAUCUGGACAUAGAAGAUGUGAAUUCUGUUAAUAAGAGAGCUGCAAUAUCUGCUGCUCUUCUUCUCUUGCCACCAAAAUUCACUGAGGAAGAUCUUUACGCCAAAAUAUGCAGCCUUUCCUACAUGGGAGACUUGCGUAUGUUUUUUGCAGAGGACACUAAUAAGGUGAAGAAGAUUGUGAAGGGACAAUUUGAUCUUUUCCAGUCAAUGUAUAAGCCUUUUCUUGAAGAGUGUGAGACCAAAAACAUAUUGAGAUCAUCAUCGGCUGAAGCUAGUCACACUAGAUUAGUUCAGGAUUCUAGCGUUUCAGCAACACGUUCGCUGGUCUCUUCUCUCCCUGCAUCAGUGAGAAGCCAAAUGGGGAAGUCACUCGGGGAGAAGAAAAUAGUCAGUGAAACAGGUAGAGUUACGGGAGAAGUUUGUAUAGGUUCAAGAGAAGAAGCUGCGAAAUGUAUGGAGAAAGUAAUGAGGCGACGGGUAAUGGUUUCAAGCGGAAGACAAGCUGUGUCUGGUUUCUUGGCUGCUGGAGCUAUUAAUGCAACCAUGUAUCUUUCCCAAAAGAUGCGUAAAGCUUGGAACUCUCGGGCGUGACUCUGCAAAAACUCCCCCACGAAGGGUCUAGAUGAACAAGUACUUGAGGAAAAGUUUAGACUUGUCUCCAGUAGUUGAUGAUUCUUUCUUUCUUUUUUUUGUUUCUAAAAAGUAACAAAUCCCAAGGAGUUUUGUCUUCCAAUGUCAUAGAUGACAGUAGAACAAUAGCAACAAGGCCCACCUAUAUAGAGGUACAUGUUAGUACAUUUGGGCUUAGGUCAAUGAGAGAUUGAGAGCCUAUUCUCUUUCUCACCAACAGUCUUUUGUGAUAUUUGUUGCAUGAGAUAAAAAAAAAAAAAGAUAA